CCCCUUCUGUAUAAUCGACACCAUCGUUAUCGUUGCAUCCUUCGUGGUUUUAGCAAUGGGAAGCAGUGGUCAGGUCUUUGCCACUUCCGCUCUGCGCGGUCUUCGUUUUUUCCAGAUUCUCCGGAUGGUGCGAAUGGAUAGAAGGGGCGGCACCUGGAAGCUGCUGGGUUCAGUUGUUUAUGCACAUCGUCAGGAGCUUAUUACCACACUCUACAUCGGAUUUCUGGGUUUAAUAUUUUCGUCGUUCUUAGUUUACCUUGCCGAGAAGGACCAGAAAAAUACCAAAUUUACUAAUUUCGCAGAUGCCCUUUGGUGGGGCGUGAUCACCCUGUGUACAGUUGGCUAUGGUGACACAGUUCCUACAACUUGGCCAGGAAAGGUUAUUGCAGCCUUUUGUGCACUACUUGGUAUCUCUUUCUUUGCUCUUCCUGCGGGAAUUCUGGGCUCUGGAUUUGCCUUAAAAGUACAGCAACAACAAAGACAAAAACACAUGAUUCGAAGGCGAGUACCAGCUGCCACUCUCAUCCAGUGUCUAUGGAGGUGCUAUGCAGCAGACGAGAAUUCGAUGUCCAUAGCAACGUGGAAAAUUCAUCAGGUGCCGCUUCCAAGUUCACCUCCCUUCAAGCACAAUACGUCAUUCGUCAGCCGUCUGUCAACUAUAAGACGUCACAAGCCAUCUUCAUCCAUCUACGGGCAUCCUCCAGUGACACGUAGCCGACUAGGUGAAGGUCGCACCUCAGUGGACAGUUUGGGAGGGAGAUGUUUCAGUGAAGACAGUGUCUCUAGAGACGCUGAAGCAUUGAAACGAAAUUCAGAUGAUGAUGAAACCGAAGAACCCAAGUUGACAGUACUUACUAAGCAACACAAGGACGCCAUUAGAGCUCUUCGAAAGAUAAAGUACUUUGUAGCCCGAAGAAAAUUCAAAGAAGCUCUAAAGCCUUAUGACGUGAAAGACGUGAUAGAACAAUACUCUGCUGGCCAUGUUGACUUACUGGCUAGAGUGAAAAAUCUCCAAGGAAGGUUGGACUUAAUAUUGGGAAAAGCUGGAUCAAAAGCUAAGGACGUUUAUGAUUCCAAAAUCAGUUUGUCAUCAAGAAUUGUCAAAGUAGAACGUUCGGUAGAGGAUGUAGAAAUGAAAUUAGAUCAACUGAUAGAGAUGUUUCUAGAAGACCGAAAACAAAGAACUAUGACGGCUUCUUUACAUAAUCAAAGUCAAGCUCCUAUUCAACCGAAUAUCAUACACGCCACUCACACCCCGCCGACACUACCUAAACCAAAAUCAAUACUCGUUGAUAAACAGGCUAGUGAGCCAAACACUCCAGUGUCUAAAAACUUCGACCGGCCCAUGCAGCGAGGAAAUUCUGACCUUAGUCAGAGAUUAAAGAAACGUGUGACAUUACGUCAUUCGUUAGAUACGACCACCCCCACUAUUACGGACGUGGCAGUGAGUGAGAGUCAGGAUCUUUCGAGUACAAUAGAACAAUCCACUGAUACUUUUCCCUGCAUCAAAAUCGAGAAAGAUUCUCACGUGGAUUCGACAAGCACGCUCAAUACCUCAGUGAAUUCAGCGUCUCUGGACCAGCUCUCUGAAUCAAGUUCCGCAGUAACGGAAGUGGAAACACUGGGUGAAAUUGACACUAAAGUGAAGAAAAAUAAAGAUGGGCGCUUUGUCGAUGGUGAAAUCGACGAUUCCGACUGUGAUGUAAGCAUCGACACUGUUAUCCAACCAGAAAUGGUGACUCUACUAAAUGUUGAUGAUGUAAAAACGUAGAAAGAGCGAAUGUAUACACCGUAAUCUCAGUAAUUCAUAACUAUCCGUGUUUUUUUUUUAAACCAUAUCAACAUAAUUACAAUCCUUUGACUUUGAUUUCGAUAAAAUGUUAACAAAUAUAACAGUGGUUUAAAACCACUUCGUGCGUGAUUUACUGAAAUCGUGGUUAG